GCAGUUCUCACGCUGCUGCUGCUGGAUGCAUUGGAAAGCCCUUCCCUUGAAACAUAGCGAAUAUGUAGCGGAGAAAAAAACGUAUGCAAUCUGUUUACUUCUCGUCAUCGAAUGUGUGCUUUAUACACAACUGAACAACAGGAGACAAAGCUGCAGAUCGGAACAUUCAAGGGUCUACCUUAGGGCAUCUCAACUUAGAUUUCCACAGCUUUGAUGCAGUACAGUGUCGAAAUCAAUCCAAGAUGACGGAAGAGGUGAUUGUCAUCGCCAAGUUUGAUUACAUGGCCCAGCAGGACCAAGAGCUGGACAUUAAGAAGAACGAACGUCUCUGGCUUUUAGAUGACUCCAAGUCGUGGUGGCGGGUUCGCAACGCUACCAACAAGACGGGCUUUGUGCCGUCCAACUACGUAGAAAGAAAGAACAGUGCCAGGAAAGCCUCGAUUGUCAAGAACCUCAAAGACACUUUAGGAAUCGGUAAGGUGAAACGGAAAGCAGGCAUGCGUGACACAGCCUCUAAUGCCGACUCUGACUUCUACCAGGACAACGGCGAACGUCUGUAUGACCUGAACCUCCCUGCGCUUGUCAAAUUCAGCUACAAUGCCGAGCGGGAAGACGAGCUGUCACUGGUUAAGGGGACGAGGGUCAUAGUCAUGGAAAAGUGCAGCGAUGGUUGGUGGAGGGGGAGCUACAACGGCCGGUCAGGUUGGUUCCCAUCCAAUUACGUGACGGAGGAUGCCGACGGAUCGGCGUGCAACGACUCUGCCGGGCUGUCGGAGAAGUUAUCCGCCGUCGUUCACAGUGCGAACGGCAAUCGGGUGCUGCACACGGUACAGGCACUCUACCCGUUCAGCUCGGGCAACGACGAGGAGCUGAACUUCGAGAAGGGAGAGGUUAUGGAUGUUGUGGAGAAGCCGGAAAACGACCCGGAGUGGUGGAAGUGUCGCAAAGCCGACGGUCAGAUGGGACUCGUGCCAAAAAACUACGUCACUGUGCUGCAGGAGUCGCACAACUCGGCCAGCACGGCCGGGCCGCCCACGCCUGACUGUGACUACAUUGAGCCUUCCUCCAGCGGACGAUUCGCUGGCAAGCAGUGGUACUACGGAAAGGUGACGCGUCAUCAGGCGGAGGUGGCACUUAACCAGAGAGGCGCAGAGGGAGACUUUCUCAUCAGGGAUAGCGAGUCUUCUCCCAAUGACUUUUCAAUAUCGCUGAAAGCUCCGUCCAAAAACAAGCAUUUCAAAGUCCAACUAAAGGACAAUCUGUACUGCAUCGGACAACGCAAGUUCAACACAAUGGAGGAGCUGGUGGAACACUACAAAAAAGCGCCCAUCUUCACCAGCGAACAGGGUGACAAACUCUACCUGGUCAAGGCUCUCGCCGCCUCCUGAUCCCAGUAGGAGAACCCAGUUAACAAAGACUACAUUUCCAGACAGACAGAUUGGGAAUAUCAAGCAUUCCAUUAAAGGGAGGUACAGACGGACAAUGGACUCCCGUUUAUUCGCUCGGAAUUUCAUUGUGGGAAACGCCCAAGUAUCAAAAUACAGUAUGUUUAGAUCAUAGGUCAUGCAAUGGAUUUUGAUGUCAACGUGUAUUAGGAAUGACAAACUAGGUCUUUUUUUGAUAAUAUAUACACAUGUAUAUUCUUUACAUUGGUUGUUUUUGAAAACAAAUUUUUUUUGUCUUUUACGUUUCUGCUGGUAAAGUUGAAAUGGAGGCAGAAGGCUGUACAACACUGUCUGUGUCUGCCUGCAUUGCCUGAACAACACAAAGUGAAUUUAACGUCAUUUGCUAUAUUUAUUAGGAAUCGAUAUUUCUGCCAAAUGCUCAAACAAUAAAAGUGAGUGACCAAAACUUGCUUAUUAUGAGGAUUUGUCGCAAUAUUUCGAAUAAUAGUGAUUCAUCCGAUUCAAGUUUAAGUCUUGUGAUUUCAACUGCAAAAUGAUUCAGUUAUUGCCAAUGUAAGCCUUAAUUUAGGCCAUGACUUUAUGAGGGGUAAAAAUGACAUAAGUUCAACUUCCCUGACAAUCGAAAUUGGUGCAAAACAUUGCUGUUUGUACUGUUGUCAACAAGUCCUAUAUUUAUGAGGUAUCUUGUGUUUAUACAGUACUAUACCAUCUUUACCAUGUCAACAGGCUAAGCUGUGAUUGCUGUUUCUUGAAUGAACCUGGGAGCAUGUGCAAGAGUUGUGCAUCAUCUUUUUUUAGCCUGAAGAUGAACCACAGUGGUGCUUUUCUCUGAGUCAGUAUUGUACCAAUAAAGCUGUCUUUUCUGAUCGAGGCAAUGAUGUAGUCGGCUUCACAGGUGUGCGGUUUUCGUUAUCUUUGCUCGUACAUUUGUUUGACGUGUGGUGAAUGAUGUUCGGCUUUUCUGCUUCGCUUGAUACUCAUUUGGUUGACAAUAGGAUUGUCAGUCGGAUGAGCGGACACGUGUUGUAGCUUUGAAGGUCAAUGAAAUGUAAUCAUACAUCAUGAACGGAGCAUUGUUCGCUGAAGGAAGAACCCACCUCGCUUUGCGAUCGAAAUCCACAGAGAUUCUUCCUUAUGUUUUCCAUCGGGUUGAUAAAUGGCUGAAGGUGCUGAGAGAUGCGUCACUGAGGAUCUGGCCUUUUUAUGUCAAAUUGUGCAGAUAAGGAUGUUUGAACGUCUCUGUUUGAAUUUGGACCAACAUGGAAGUUUCUUUCUUAUUCCCUGGACUGAGCUUUUCUCAUCACUAUGACCGUGAUCGCUUCUCCAGCUGUUUUGGAGUCGGACUAGGGUACGACUUGAAGAAGGGGGAUUUUUAAGGGAGUGUGUGGAAAGAUUGCUGAAGCUCCCGGAGUAUAGUAUGGUAAAUGUUAUGGUUGAAGUGGACUUCAGAGAUGUGGAGCAUCUGUGGAAUUGUAACUAGUUUUGCUUGAGGAUCCAGAUUUUACCUUCUUGGUCUUGACCAAACACAGUACUAAACUAAACUCGUAUAUACUUUUGUAUACCAUGCAACGUAUCCAUAUUAGCAUCUGGGCAUAUGGCCUUUAACACUAACAACUAAAGAUAGGGGAAGUGUUUUCCUUGCGGUCUCAUUAAGACCAAUUUGUCGUUGAAUGCCGCUGGUUCAGCAUGAUAGUCCGACCACGUAGUUUGUUUUUAUCGUGCCUUCAUCUCAGUCGCUGGAACCAAAGCUUUGGUGUUCCUCUAUGCUUUUUUUAAGACACACAUUUUUUUUGAGUAUUGCUUUGCAUGUGCGUAACACAUCCCUGAUAUGUGACUGAUGUAAAAGGACCAUGUACUCUUCAUGCAAACCUCCUGUUGGGGAACUGAUCAUCAUACGCUUAAACUUGUCUAUUGACUAAAGUGACCUUACCAAAUGGACCUUAGUCACGGUUGUAUAGCCAUAAUAAAUUCAACACAAAUAAAUCCAGUCUGUUCAAUGGGUCAUACUGUUUUGUAACUUUGUACCAAAAAAGAAUUUUAGAAACUGGAGUUAUAAAAAUAAAACAUUUAUUAUUAUUAUUAUUAUAAGUAAAACAUAUGGUGUUUAUUCUAACUAAGGUCAACUUUUCUAGCAAACAUCACAGUUACCCAUUAGUGUGUGCAGUGGAUUCAGUUGUAUGGAGGACCAAACCUGCAAUAAUUAAAAAAAUAAAUGUAAAAAUAAAUAAAUACACCUAUUAGAGUCUGCAGUGGAUUCAGUUGUAUGGAGGACCAAAUCUGCAAUAAUUAAAAAAUAAAUGUAAAAAUAAAUAAAUACACCUAUUAGAGUCUGCAGUGGAUUCAGUUGUAUGGAGGACCAAAUCUGCAAUAAUUAAAAAAUAAAUGUAAAAAUAAAUAAAUACACCUAUUAGAGUCUGCAGUGGAUUCAGUUGUAUGGAGGACCAAAUCUGCAAUAAUAAAAAAAUAAAUGUAAAAAUAAAUAAAUACACCUAUUAGUGUCUGCAGUGGAUUCAGUUGUAUGGAGGACCAAACCUGCAAUAAUUAAAAAAUAAAUGUAAAAAUAAAAAUAAAUAAAUUGCUUGGUUAAACAAAUACAAAACAACUAUUAAUUUAGUUUAGUCUUGACUUUAAUGAUUAUAUUCAAAGUUUUCCUUUUAUUCUACGCUUAUUUAUUUUUAAAUAUAUCUCUUUUGUACUGACUAAAUAAUCAUGCUUUUUUUUGAUGGUUUCGUUCUUCAUAGCAGCCAUCGGUUGUGAAAAGCAGCCAGAUCAUGCAGUUGUGUCAUCAAACUACAUUCUGAUGACAUUAAUGCUUCCAGACUUGAUGAUGAUGAUGAGGUGAAGAAGCACAUAAUACUACUAUUUUCAACUUUCUGACUAUGGUUUACUUAGAUCUGAUGUUUCUAUACAUGAGCUCUCAACCAAUGAUGAGCUGGAGGUGCACAAAGAUUUCCUUGUUGCAGACAAAAGUACAGAAAUAUAAAAAAGCAUAAAUAUGGAAAAAUGGAUUUUAAACUAUUUUCAUAAGGAAAUAAAUGUGUGUGGUGAAAAAUAAAUGAACGCAUUAAAAUAUUUUAAAUAAUACAAAAAAAUAAACUUAUUAGUAAAUAUAAGAUUCAGCACUAUGAUUUGUAUUUGUUUAGUCAGGUCAUUUAUUCCUUUUACAUUUAUUUAUUUGUAAUUAGUUCAAGUUUGGUCCUCCAUAUAGUUGCGGUGGCGAUUUUGAACCUGUCAGCUUAUUUGGUAGUUUAUUUCAAGUCUGCAAUAAGUCUAUGGUUUAUGCUUAACUAGCAAGAGGUUAUUGUUGUGUGUGUGACCAAAUCACUAUCUUGCUGUCUACAUCAUGAAUAUUUAUAUGUCGAUGGAUACAGUAUAUGUGGUUUUAAACAGACUUGAAGACCCAAAACCUAAUUUUCAUCAGGAUUGUGUAACAGAAGUUUAAUUUCUAGGCGAGACUGAAAUAAAGAUCCAGAGUCUGA